AUGUCGUUAAAAUUAGCAUUUGAUUCAGGUAAGAAUCAUUCUCAAGGCUUAACUUAUGCCAAUAAUUUAAAAUUAGCAUUGGCUCAACAAUUUGCUUCAAAAGGAACUAAAAUUGAAAUUGAUACAGAAGCAAGACAGCUACAAUUAACAAAGGGUGAUAACCUUCGUUUAGUUAGCGCAGAUGCCAUUUUAAGAUAUAUCAUGAAUGACUUUAGUGGUCAAGAUUCUGACGAAUAUGAUUUCUCUUUGGCUUCAUUGGAGAGUUUGCUUUACCAUACUUCGCCUCCAUCAAAUCAUAUUGAUCAAUGCGUUGAAAAAGCUUUAGAUAACUAUUUAACCUCUUUAUCUGAGCCUUUAACUGCUACUAGAUUGAUUACUUAUGCCAACGCGAGUGCCCUAAGGCCAGCUUUAGUCAAUGCUAAAUUCCCAGAACUACCAAAAUCAAUUGCUACUGCUGUUACAGAUGCUUUAAAACUAUCUCCAAGAGAUACGUCUAGUUUCAAGCAUACUGGUGCUUCUUAUAUCACUGCUGGUUUAGGUGUUAAUAAACAAGCUGGUAAAAUUUUGCCAAAAGAUGGUGAACGUAAUAUUUUAAUUACUUCGGCUUUACCUUAUGUUAACAAUGUUCCUCAUUUAGGUAAUAUUGUUGGUAGUGUUUUGUCUGCCGAUAUAUUUGCUCGUUAUUGUAAAACUAGAAAUUAUAAUACUUUAUUCAUUUGUGGUACUGACGAAUAUGGUACCGCCACUGAGACUAAAGCUUUAGAAGAAAAAUGCACACCACGUGAAUUAUGUGACAAAUAUCAUAAAAUUCAUGCAGAUGUUUACAAAUGGUUCCAAGUUGGUUUUGAUCACUUUGGUAGAACUACUACCGAAAAGCAAACUGAAAUUGCUCAAGACAUUUUCUUAAAGUUAAAUAAAAAUGGUUACUUAGAAGAACAAUCUAUGAAACAAUUAUACUGCCCAGUUCAUAAUUCAUACUUGGCAGACAGAUAUGUUGAAGGUGAAUGCCCAAAAUGUCAUUAUGAAGAUGCUCGUGGUGAUCAAUGUGACAAAUGUGGUAGCUUAUUAGAUCCAUUUGAAUUGAUCAAACCUCGCUGUAAAUUAGAUAAUUCUGAGCCAAUUCCAAAAGUUUCCGACCAUAUUUUUAUUUCAUUAGACAAAUUAGAAGGCAAGAUCCAAAACUGGUUCGAUGAGUCUUCUGAAAAGGGUAAAUGGUCUAAAAAUUCCAAAACUAUUACUCAAUCAUGGUUAAAGGAUGGUUUACAUCCACGUUGUAUCACUAGAGACUUAGUUUGGGGUACUCCAGUACCACUAGAAAAAUAUAAGGAAAAGGUGUUAUACGUUUGGUUUGAUGCUACCAUUGGUUACGUUUCAAUUACUGCUAAUUACACUGAUGGUUGGGAAAAAUGGUGGAAAGACCCAGAAAAUGUUAAAUUAUAUCAAUUUAUGGGUAAAGAUAAUGUACCUUUCCACACUGUUAUUUUCCCAGGUUCUCAAAUUGGUACUGGUGAUAAAUGGACUAUGCUACAUCAUUUGAAUACAACUGAAUAUUUACAAUACGAAGGAGGUAAGUUCUCCAAAAGUAGAGGUGUGGGGGUUUUCGGUAAUAAUGCCCAAGACUCUGGUGUUUCUCCUAGUGUCUGGAGAUAUUACUUGGCUUCCGUUAGACCAGAGACUAAUGACUCUCAUUUCUCUUGGGAUGAUUUUGUUGCUAGAAAUAAUGGUGAAUUAUUAGCUAACUUAGGUAACUUUGUUAACAGAUUAAUUAAAUUUGUUAAUGCUAAAUAUAAUGGUGUUGUUCCAAAGUAUGAUACCAAGAAUUUACCAGGCUUUGAUAACUUGAAUAAAGACAUUAACCAAAUAUUGAGUAAUUAUAUCAAAGAAAUGGAAGAUGCUCAUGAAAGACGUGGUUUAGAAUUGGCUAUGUCCCUAAGUUCCAGGGGUAACUUGUUCUUGCAAGAUAAUAAAUUAGAUAACAGCUUAUUCUCUCAACAUCCGGAUAAAUCAGACGCUGUUGUUGGUGUUGGUUUGAAUAUCAUUUACACUGUUUCCUCUGUCAUAUACCCAUUUAUGCCAGAAAUCUCAGAAACUAUCUACAAAAUGUUAAAUGCACCAGCUUUAAAAAUUGAUGAUAAGUUCCAUUUAGCUAUCGAAUCCAACCACAAUAUUAAUAAGGCUGAAUAUCUUUUCCAUCGUAUUGAUGAUAAACAAAUUACUGAAUGGAGAGCUAAAUAUGGUGGCAAGCAAGUUUAA